AUCUUGUGCAUUAACGAAUCUCCCCCCAAGAAUAAGACACGCACUCAUAGGGCCAACCGUCGAACAAUCAGCUGCCCGAUCCCCAGCUGAGCGGGUGUGUUGGUGACUAGAGAUCCGGGGCGCACCCCUUAUUCAGAAACAUCCAACCCAGGAAGUCCUCGGACCGCGUCGCCAGGCCAGCCGGCGCCGACCAUGACCGCCUGAUACCGCAGGAUUCCGUGGGUGACUCUGUCAUCUCUGAAUCACGGGUUUCCCCGAGGACAACGUCCCAGCAAUUAAAAAGGACCAACGAAGUUGGACAAGUACCAAACGGGCUGAGGUUGCAGUUUCACUUAGGACGGAAAAUCUAGUUUGCACUUUUUUGGACUGAGGACUGCGUUAUUUUGUGCUUUCCGACUGGAUUUCACCCAACAUAUAGCUUACUUCCUUAAAUCAAAAGCUACAGGUGACAGGAAAGAUACAGUCAUCGUCGUUACGACUUCCUAUAGUAAGCUGUCGUAGGCUUCAGAGAGUCGGUGUUGCUUGGUCAGGCCCCUGAGCGCCUUUUUGAACAGAUCUGAAACCAGUGAAAAACUUCUCUGCAACAAUGUCUACUGCCGUAUCUCUUCUCCUGGUGGCGUUUACGGUGCUCCAGUGCCUGGUAUGGGACGUGGCGGCGACGUGUUUCAGCUACCCACAGAACCUGUGCUGUAAAGGGAAGAACAACGAGUGCAAGACAAGCGGCCGUCGGUUGGACGGCACCGUUGGCGCGUGCUUCUGCGACGAGAACUGUUACGUGAUGCGGGACUGCUGCUCCGACUACGAGAACGCCUGCCAAGCCGUGGCGUGCCAAGUCAGCGAGUGGGGGAGUUGGAGCGGCUGUUCCGUGAGCUGUGGGGAGGGGGUGAGCGAGAGGAGGCGGUAUGUUCUGACGUCCCCCAGGGGUGGGGGCCCAGCCUGCCCGCCCCUGGUGCAGAAGAGAGCCUGUUACAACUACGGCUAUUGGUGCUCGUCAGCCACAAAAGAGGUCGCGCACAUCCUGCCAGCGUCCUUCGGCCAUCUUCGGCUGAGCGACGAACCGAAGGGAGCCAUGGGCCUCAUCAUGGACAGCAGGAAAUCACACAUGUAUUGUGUGAACUUCCGAGUCACCUCCACCUCUGCCGCCUGCCGUCUCCGGUCGAACUACCUGGCGGGCUGGACGCGGACUCUCCGGCCCGGCGCGAACGUGUGCGUGGAGUGUCAGCCCCACGCCAUGGACAGGAAGAUGCACUGCCGCGGAGACGGGGCCAGCGGGCCCAACACCGGCAGGUGGACGGCGGUGGACGCCACCGGGUGCCGAGGGACCUGGAAGAAGCACUCCCGCCAAGAAAACUGCUAUUGUAGUGGUUACCGUGGAUAUGGAUUCAUCUUCGUCUGAUAGGCCGUGUGACGUCAUAGAUGUUUGAAAAUUAGUUCGUUAUAAAACCAGAAAUCGAUGAUUAAAUGGCGUAACGUGAAUCGAUUUGUAUGAAAAUGACGUUAUAUACGCUGUACUUCAGUUCAUUGUAGAUAAGCUGACGACAUAAUUGAAGGUACUUCAUGCAAUUCCUUUUGAUUUAGACGAAAACUAUAUACAGAAGAAUAUUCUGUAAGUGUACUUUUGACUUGACAAUACAUAUUAUCCUUGGAACUAAUCAGUAAAGACACAUAAAUGUUACAAAGUUUAGUUUACAUAAGUCCUUCUCUACAUGGUAUGCUUAACCAAGGCUUAACACACAAUGUAAACCGGAAAAUGUUUUUCAAAAAAAUAUUUCAAAGAUCAUCAUUAUUAGCAUUAGCUUUAGUUAUCACCUCCCACUAUAGUUCCAGUGUAAAAUAUUUGUUCUUAAUGAAAAUGAAAAACACAAUUUCACUGUAAUGAUACUAGUAGUACCACUGACAGCAUGAAGAAACAGUCAUCAAAAACAGUAGACAAUAAUGUUUUCUUUGAAAACUUAUUUUAUUACAGUUCAACACAUCUAAGUAUCAUACACAUACUUCUUCAGAAAUAAUCUGACUUGGUGCAUACAAAUGUAAGACAAAAACCGUUAUAUACACACUGGUGGAACAUACUUCAUUUGUAUGCCAUAGAAUUCCUUCUGUCAUUUGUAAAAUAAACUCUUGUUGGUAAAAUCUA